CGUGAGGACGCGGCGCUGCGCCAUCUGCGGUCCUCGGACGCUCCAGCUGGUGUCAUGGCGUCGCGGUCAAGGUGACGACCCGCUGAAGGCCACCUGCGCCCUCCAGCUGCCACCGACGUCCCCUUCGCACUCCGACCAUGUUUAACAUGAGCACCGCAGCGCCCCUUUUGGCUGCCGCGCUGACGACCCUCGCCCCGCCCACGGCUCAGCCCACGCUCGCGCCCACGUCCUCCACGCCCGUCAUCUCGCCCCCGGCGUCCCUACAGCCGCCCUCGCUCAAUCCUUCCCUCAACCUGACCGCGGGCGUGAGCGAGGGCGUGAACGAGACCGCCCUUCCCGCGGCCGACGAUGACGACGUCUACGCCACCUUCCUGGACGUGUCGCGGUACGUGGUGCAGCGCGUGCUGGUGCCCCUCGUCCUCGUCGUGGGCGUCGUGGGCAACUCCGUGACGAUCGUGGUCCUGACGAGGCGCCAGAUGAGGUCCUCCACCAACAACUACCUGACGGCCCUCGCCAUCUCCGACCUCCUGUACCUGGUGUUCAUCUUCUCGCUCUCGAUCCGCCACCACCCCGGCAUGGACCACCCGCACCACUGGUUCUACUGGCACUACUUCCGCUACGCCCUCUGGCUCACCGACGCCAGCAGUAGUACCUCCAUUUGGCUGACAGUCACCUUCACUAUUGAACGGUACAUCGCUGUCUGCCAUCCUAUUAAAGGAAAGGUCUACUGCACCGAGAGCCGCGCUAUGAUCGUCAUCGGUGUGGUCUACGCUGUUUGCUUCACCCUGACUGCUUCGACGCCUCACGAGUGGGUCAUCGAGGAGGUUCGAAACAACGCCACGGGGACCUCGGUGCUCCGGCUCGACUAUUCGGACCUCGGGCGUAAUGAUACCUACAAGAUGGUGUUCUACUGGUUCACGGCCGUGUGCUUCAUCCUGCUUCCCCUCGUGCUGCUGUCCGUGUUCAACUCCUUCCUCAUUUACGUCGUGAAGCAAAGCCGAGCCCAGCGACGCACCAUGACCAGCCAGCGACUGGAGAGAGACAGUCACUCGCAGUCGCAGGAGAACAAGAUCACGGUGAUGCUGAUCGCGGUGGUGUUGUUGGCGCUCGUGUGCCAGCUGCCCGUGGCGGUGCUGCUGCUCUACAAGUCUUUUAAUGAGUCCGAACCCAACACCAUGUCUCGACAACAUCGAACGCGGGCCUCGGCAACAUCUUCAACCUGCUCUCGGCCAUCAACGCGGCCUGCAACUUCGUCCUGUACUGCGCCAUGAGCGACAAGUACCGCCGGACCUUCCUCCGCACCUUCUGCUCCCGCUGGUACCGUCAGCCGUCGCCCCUGCACUCCUGGAUGGCCACGGCGUACAGCAACGUGGAUGACGGCAGCCCCAGGUUCUCGAGGAU